CCCGCUGGCAUGCCCGAGACCAGCCGCGUCCGUCUGGGGGUGCUACGAAAAAACGCCCCUCUCCCAAGAAAAAGAAUCAUCGUGAUGCAAGCUCUUCUUUACCUUUCAUUAAGCUCUAUACUUCAGUAACAUCAUGGCGAUUGCGGUAGACGUGCAAGAUCCGCAACCGCCUGCGCCAAAGGCAAAGACGACGACAUCGCUAGGCCACGACUACAAGGGCUUCGUCGCCGGCGUUGGCAGCGGCGUGGCAAAGCUUACAGUUGGUCACCCCUUCGACACAGUUAAAGUCCGCCUCCAGACGACAAAUCGCUUCAGCGGGCCGCUGCAAUGUGUUCUACAAACGAUACGAAACGAAGGCUUCCGAGGACUCUAUAAAGGCGCGACACCGCCACUCGUAGGAUGGAUGUUUAUGGACUCUGUCAUGUUGGGCUCGUUGUCCGUGUACAGACGUUUGCUAGCAGAGAAUGUAUUUCACGUUGACAACUGGACGCCAGGCAUCGUCACCGCGGCCGCAAAGGACCCGGCACACCCCUCCGCCGUGCUGGCCACAUUGCCACCGAUAGGGCACGGUUUAGCUGGCAUUCUGGCCGGAAGCACAGUCAGUUUCAUCGCAGCUCCGGUUGAACACAUCAAGGCGCGUCUGCAAAUCCAAUAUGCUGCGCGCAAGGCGGACCGCUUAUACUCGGGUCCCCUCGACUGCAUUAAUAAGAUAUACAAACACCACGGCGUCCGGGGCAUAUAUCACGGCUUGAGCGCCACGCUUCUGUUCCGCGGUUUCUUCUUCUUCUGGUGGGGAAGUUACGAUAUGAUAUCGCGAUGGAUGCACAAAAAUACCAGCCUCAGCAACCCGGCCAUCAACUUUUGGGCAGGAGGUCUCAGUGCGCAAGUGUUUUGGCUGACCUGUUACCCAACAGACGUGAUAAAGCAGAGAGUGAUGACCGAUCCUUUAGGUGGCGGCUUAGGAGACGGCCAAAGAAGAUACCCCCGAUGGAGAGACGCCGCAGUAGGCGUGUAUAAGGAGUCUGGAUGGAAAGGAUACUGGCGUGGCUUCUUACCGUGCUUCCUCAGAGCAUUCCCAGCAAAUGCGGCAGCACUCCUGGUUUUUGAAAGCGUUAUGCGGACGUUGCCCUAAGUGCCGUCAGGCAGAACUACUAUGUACAUAGAGCAUCUCUUGUUUUUUCUUCUCAUAUGGAGCAUUUACGAUCAAAUUUACACAGCAUAGAGGUAUUACCAGAACAAUAUCAGCAUAUCACAAAAGACAGAGUACCAGCAGUAACAGUGAAGCGUGUAAUCGAGAAGGAGAAACAUGUCAGAUCCAUUAGUCUGUAGGGCAUCUAAAAUCUAUAUAAACCCAGCGUGCAAGCGAAACUGAAUUCCUCGCAAGCCUUCCCGCAGCGUACUGCGGGACAUGAACUAAUAUGCAUCAAAUAAAAACAAAAGACCUGGUGCCCCUCUCCCUCGAGAAAAAAAAAGCAUCCUCCUGAUCCCCAUUUUUAGUGGUAUAUUGCAACCGUUCUUCUUCAGACAGAAGAAGAAAUUUACUCGUCAUCCUCAUCAGCAUCGUCGUUGACGACGUUGAAGAACUUGAGCUCGUAAACACCGCGGGAGGUGGAAACGACGCGGAGCCAGUCACGGAGCUGCUGCUUCUUGAGGAACUUCUUGGUCAAGUACUUGAGGUAGCGGCCGGAGAGGUCGUUGUGGGCAAUGACCUCGAUCUUGCCCUCACCCUGCUGCUGGAUGAUGACGUCGUCGCCGAGGUUGUUGGUGCGGCCCUCAACCUUGAUGCGGUCCUGGAGGAACUUCUCGAAGGCAGAGACAUCGAAAAUCUUGUCGGAGGCGGGCUGAGAAGCGUUGAUGAUGAACUUCUUGGUCUGCUUCUGGGCCUUGCCAGACUUCUUCUAUAUGGCGGAAAACAAAACUCUUAGCCUACUGCAUAAUUCAUAAAGCGCGACGGCAUGUUCCAGGUGCGUGGAAAGCGGAAUAGUGCAAACGUCUUUGCUGGGGAUCGCCGACAAGGUUUUCUUUGUUGCUGCUUUGGGUCUUGUGUGCCUCGCCGAGAACCGUGUUACGAGUUCAAUUCGUGCCGCUUUGUAUUUCAAAAGCAGCACGUAGCAAGUAGUAGACAGCAAAGACCAAAGCAAGAAAACAUUAAGUCGUCGGCGUCGUCUCAAGCAAAGAGCGCGAGCACAAUUCCGUUCCAUGAACCAGCGGCGCACAAGAUGAAGAACAGCACAGCGGUUGGUUUAUCUUUUUCAUAUACGUACGGUGACGGGAGCCAUUGUAUUGACUUGGGGAGGUUUGUUUUUUUAAGAUAAAAAAAAGCUGAAGAAAGUUGGAGGUCGUAAAGAACGCAAAGAGGUCUAUAUCCUGCGUCUUGGUGUUUGUGUGGUUUGCAAAAGGAAGAGAAGUUUUUCCGCG